AUGAUAAGAUUCUUCUCCAGAAGGUUAUCCUUGAAGUCGGUCGACUUGAACGAUUCAAUCCUUGGUAUUGCCUCUAAUGUCUCGUCGGUUCCUCAUUUCCCUUCUGUUCCCUUGAAAAAUCUUUCCUCAAAUCAUGCCCUGAAUCUUUCUUCCCUAUACUUGAACGUAAUCUUCAUUACUUACUUAUUGAGAUCUGACUCCUUUUCUUCUUAUAACCAAUUACUAGACUCCUCUAACGAUUUGUCCAAUAAGUUGAAUUAUCAAUUCAAUCAAUUCAAACGGGAAAAUAAUAUAAAAUCAUCCUUCCACCAAUACGUCGGGGACUUCUUACUCCAUGAUGAGUCAAAUUGUCAUUCCUUCUUCCAGAAACGAGCCGCUGCUUUGAUCAAGCAAUCGGGAUCAAACAUACAUUCAUUUGAGCAGUUGUCUGAUGAAUUGAAUAUAAAUAUCCCGCUGGUUCAAUUUGAGUUGGCGCCUAAAAACUUGUACCAUUCAAGCCUAUGUCUACCGCCAACCAAAAGUGACUUGAAUCCUGCUUUCUUUUGCCAGUUUUCCAAGAUUCAAAAAUUGAAAGGCUCAAAUCGUAUCAUUCUAAAAUUAAAAGCUUUCAACAAAUAUGCUUCCUUGGUUUCUUGCUUUUUCUUGAAAUUGAACAUCAUCAAGUAUAUGGACCCCAGUAUGAAUGAGUCUAAGGUCCUUGCCACUAUUGCUCCCAAGUCAGUCAUUGAAUCCGGUCUACGUUUCGAUUCCCCUUUACUAAUGACUGCUCCCCAACCCUGUUUUGUAAAUUAUAUGGCCCUAUUAUUCCAAAAUGAGCCUGACAUAGUAAGCAAUUGGUUUAAAAACCUAAUCACCUCCGGUAAAUGGAAACUGAAUAACAACAAGUGUAUUUUUGUUAAGUUAAACCCAAAACUUCCUUCUUUAACUAUUCAUCGUGAUCAGAAAACUGAUUUGUUAAACUCAAAUGAACUCGAGUCGGUGGCCAAAGAAUUCAUCAGUUUGACCUUAACGGAAUACUUUGUAAAAUCCUUUCCUGAAAAGUAUUCUCUCUUGUCCAAGAACCUUAUUUACAACCGUUCUUUGGUGGAAAAACAUAUUACAGCAUUGAAUUGGAAAUACCCAGAGGCAUCUACGCAUUUAUCACCCUUGGGCUUAUUUGCCUUAUACAUACUCCAGAACCCGGUAAAAGCCAAAAAAAUCCUUGGUGGGUUUUUUCAAUCACCAAUACCUCCAGAUUUCUCCAAAACUACGUCAUUCUUGAAAGCUUUGAUUAAAAGGGAAAGCAUUUCCCCUUUGAAAACUCAUAAGAUGGUUCAGCACUCCGGUGAUAUCAUUCAGCUACCAAGAGUUGAACAAAAUAAAUUCAACAAUAUAAUCAUGACAAACUGUCAUGUCCAUUACAAUAUGUCGCCCGACCUCGAAGCUGCCCUAACUAGUUUUGCAAAGUUGGGAGCACAAACGUUUAGGUUUUAUACAAAAUAUUGGCUCUUUAAAAAAUUGAAUCCUUGGGACUCAACGUAUUUUGGUCCUUUAAUGAAUCUUCUACUCAGCGAUGAUUUUAGAAAGACAAUCAUGGAUACCAAUGGGAUUUUCGAUAAUUAUUUUGAUGAUGAAGUAUACCAAAACUUACUCGUUCAGCAUAGAAAUGACAUCGCAAUGAUAAAUACCCAAUUCAGCCAAUAUAUAAAUGUACUUUUGUUCAGCAAAGGGUUUUCAAAAGUCAAAGAUUGGAUCCAAAGCUCAAUUACCAGUAUCCUUGAAGAAUUUUCUGGACUUUCAAGUGAAGAAAAGUCUGUCUUCUUCCACAAUUUUAAAAAAUCAACCGUAUCGACUUCAUUAACCAGAAUAUUUGUUGAUCGAGUCGUCAAUGACUUUGAAUCCUCAAGUAGCAUUGACGCUCCAAAUAAAAGCGAAAUCGAUACUUCCAAGUACUCCAUUGCUCAACUAAACAGUUUAGGUGCAUCAUUUAUUUACUACCUCAAGAUCUCCUAUCUUAUUGGUAAAGAUGACUUAUUUCAUACCAGUUUCAAUACUUUCGAAGAAACAUCCUUAAUAUUGUCUAAAAUCUUUGAAAAAUAUCUGCUACAUGACUACCAUUUUGGCCAAUUAGUUCUACAUGACGGUAUUGAAAAGACAGCAAAAGAAAUUCACCAGCUAUUAAAUACAGUUAUGAAGACAGACUUUAAAGAAGAAACUGUUUUGAGCUCAUGGGAAUCAUUCCCCAUAAAAUUAAAGAUACUUAACACCACUGACAGUCAAUCAGAAAUCAUUUUGCCUAAAAUCCCAAUAUCCGAUACUAACUCGAACAUUUUACUCUAUUCUCUUUUUAAUUCUAGCUUACCAAAGUAUCCUCCUUAUGAUAAACUAAUAACACCAAUCACGUUUGCUAGACUUGCAAAAUGGAAAACUUUUGGAAGACAUUAUUAUCGAACCAAAAUUAAAGAAUACACCUUGAGAUCAGCCAAUCUAUCCGAAAAAGUAACUGACUCUCUACAAGAAAUACUUCUAAGUGGGAGAUUCAUGCUGAUGCUAGCCAUAAAGUCUAAUAUUCUUCUACCAUUUGAUGAUGGAACCUAUUCCCGCAUUCUCACCAACCAAAUACAAAAUCAACAUCAUGUCAUGUCAUUUGGAAGUGAUGCCUUCAAUCAAUAUAUCUGUGGGCUUUACUUUACCAACAGCAAACUACUUGAUUCCUGGAUUGAAAACUUGGUUCAUCACUAUGUACAAGAACUAUUACGUAAAAGGACACCGACAGAGCAGCUAGCACUCUUGAGUGACCUGACUUUUCUGAUGAACAACUACAUCAUGGACUCCACACGAAAGAUUAAAUCCAGUAGAGCAACAGCAUCGUCGUUCUGA